AUGUCCAAACCUGGUCGCGUUUGGAUGGAGCUUGUUGUCGAGUUAUUGAUCAACCUCGAGUUGGGAAAUUAAACAGACAGGCUGGUUUGAUUUGUCAACACGGUCACACGCAAAGGGAAUUAAGUCGGAUGGUCAGGGAGUCCAGGCCGAGGAAGUUUUGAAGAUGGACCCCGAGAGUCCCGUUUCCAGGAUGGAGAGGACUUUGUGGACAUUUUGGUACUACGUAACCGAAGCUGUGAACAGAUUCCUCAGGCCAGAGCCCACUGACAUCAUUAGCAAUGACCCAAACUCCACUCAGGAACCUGCAGUUGAGAGUGAGCCUGCUAAUCACGCAGAGGGUGAGGCUAGCGGAAGGAGAGUUGAUGAGGACCAGUCUCUUGCGACAGCCUCUUUGCUUAACCCAUCUCGGGCAGCUAUUGCCUGGGAACUUUGCACCGCAGACAUCGACUUAGGGCCUGAUGAGGAAAGCAUACAGUGCGAAGCCCAGCUGAGCAGAGGCAGUGAGAGCAAAGUAUCUGAGGAAGGUGAGGACACAAUUGAGGAACAUUUCACGCAAAAGGAAAGUAGUGAUGCAGGGCUGCCCAUCGCUAAAGAUGCAAAAGAAGAUGAACAAGAAGAAAAUGGCGAUCGGAGAUUGUACACUCAUGGACAAGAUGAGAUGCUGGAGAAUGAUGAGUAUGAAGAAUAUGUGAGCACCAGGCCGCUAAGACUUACAGGUGAGGCAAUGAGUGAGGAGAUGGAGAAAAUAGAUGGAGCUGGUGAUGAGGAGACGGAGAGCGCAAUGACCCCGGAUGAUCAUCAAAAAAGGGAUGAAAACAUAGGAAAUAUCCAAGUAAAGGAAGAAGAUGAUAAAAUGCGCCAUAUAGAUGAACAAGAUUUGGUGGCAGAAGACAUUGAGGUAAAACUCUAUACAAUCUCUGAUUUGAGUUUAGAAGAGGAUGAUAUGCACAUAGAAGAGGCAAAGUUGCAGAGGGAUGAGGCAGAUACAGAGGUGAUGCAUGAUGAAGUGCAAAGCAGUGAUGGUGUGUUACUGCUGGCCUCUGAAAAUGAAAACAAGUCUGAUGGGGGAGCAAGGCAAGUUGAAAAUCAGUUCUCAGUCUGUGAAGAGUUGUCUGAUGAUGACCAAGAUCUCAAGGGAGACCCAGGCUUUACUUCACUGCAAGCUCAAUUGCAAAUGCUCCACAACAAAGGUGGCAUUGAGCCUGAGGAUGAGCUCACUGUUGUUGAACGAGAGCAUGUGAUGGCUCACAGAAGUGAAAGUGAUAAAGCAGAGGAUGCGAAAGAGGAGGAGGACGAGAGCACAUUGGAUGAGAGGGAGCAGGGCGCUGCCAUUGGGGAAGAAAAUGGGAAUGAGGCUGAAAAAAACCAGACAGCAGAUGAAGUGCUGGAGCAGGAAGACACUGAAACAGUUACAGAAGGCCGUGAAGAAGAAGACAUUUUAACAUGCAGGGGAAAAAUUGGGCAGAAUGCUGAAACAGAGCUGCACACAGAUGAAUUCACACAUGUAGAAGAAGAAGAAGAUGUGGCUAAGGACACUGAAGUCCAAACCAAAACUAGAGAGACAGAUGAUGUUGAAACAGAAAACUCAGAUGUGACAACAACAGAGAUUUCAGGAGAUGGGAGAUUUUUUGAUGAAUGUCAAGUAGAAGAGGAGAGGCUCUCCAGUGACAUAGGAAAGAAAAAAAGUUACAUGGAAAUAGCAUGUACUACCACCACAGUUGAGCCUGAAGGCGAGACUGGACAGGAAAUAAUCGGAGAGUUUCAAAAUAUUCCCCAUGGGAAAUGUGAAGGCCGGCUUGUUGUGUCGCAGGAGCUAAAUUAUCCAGCAUACGAGGAAACACAAGAGGGAGUUCCUGAAUGCAACAAUGAGACUGGGCCAGAUGAAAAUACAACACAAUGGUUCCUGGAAGUAGGAGUUUACAAGGAAACCCAGACCACCCAAUUACCAGAAGAGGUGGAGAGGAAAGAGCCGGAGAGCCUUCAAAACAGUGGAGCUGACCAUUCACUGGUGAUGGAGCAUAUGGAAGAGGAACAAGACAGCACAGAAGAUAUUAAGAAUAGCUUUGAUUUGGUUGUGGAGGAGCAUGCAGGAAUACCGCGCCUUACUGAUGCUGAAUUGCCACAAGAAACGGAGAAACCACUUGUUAAACCUGUCAUUCAAGAGUCAGGACUUUUCUUCGAGGCAGAGGAAAAAAAGUUGUCGGUUGACUCAGUAAAGACGGGGGUGGAACACUCAGAGAAGAAAUUUGAGACGGAAGUCACCUUAAGAGAUGAGGCUGACAAGACAACAAAAGAGCUGCAAGCCGCUGAAAAUGAGAACAAGUCUGAAGAAGGAGCAAGGCAAGUUGAAAAUCAGCUCUCUGUCUGUGAAGAGUUGUCUGAUGACAACCAAGAUCUCAAGGGAGACCCAGGCUUUACUUCACUCCAAGCUCAAUUACAAAUGCUCCACAACAAAGUUGGCGUUGUGCCUGAGGAUGAGCUCACUGUUGUUGGACAAGAGCAUGUGAUGGCUCACAGAAGUGAAAGUGAUAAAGCCGAGGAUGCGAAAGAGGAGGAGGACGAGAGCACAUUGGAUGAGAGGGAGCAGGGCGCUGCCAUUGGGGAAGAAAAUGGGAAUGAGGCUGAAAAAAACCAGACAGCAGAUGAAGUGCUGGAGCAGGAAGACACUGAAACAGUUACAGAAGGCCGUGAAGAAGAAGACAUUUUAACAUGCAGGGGAAAAAUUGGGCAGAAUGCUGAAACAGAGCUGCACACAGAUGAAUUCACACAUGGAGAAAAAGAAGAAGAUGUGGCUAAGGACACUGAAGUCCAAACCAAAACAAGAGAAACAGAUGAUCUUGAAACAGAAAACUCAGAUGUGACAACAACAGAGAUUUCAGGAGAUGGGAGAUUUUUUGAUAAAUUUGAGACGGAAGUCGGCUUAAGAGAUGAGGCUGACAAGACAACAAAAGAGCUGCAAGCCGCUGAAAAUGAGAACAAGUCUGAAGAAGGAGCAAGGCAAGUUGAAAAUCAGCUCUCUGUCUGUGAAGAGUUGUCUGAUGAUGACCAAGAUCUUAAGGGAGACCCAGGCUUUACUUCACUCCAAGCUCAAUUACAAAUACUCCACAACAAAGUUGGCGUUGUGCCUGAGGAUGAGCUCACUGUUGUUGGACAAGAGCAUGUGAUGGCUCACAGAAGUGAAAGUGAUAAAGAUGCGAAAGAGGAGGAGGACGAGAGCACAUUGGAUGAGAGGGAGCAGGGCGCUGCCAUUGGGGAAGAAAAUGGGAAUGAGGCUGAAAAAAACCAGACAGCAGAUGAAGUGCUGGAGCAGGAAGACACUGAAACAGUUACAGAAGGCCGUGAAGAAGAAGACAUUUUAACAUGCAGGGGGAAAAUUGGGCAGAAUGCUGAAACAGAGCUGCACACAGAUGAAUUCACAUAUGGAGAAAAAGAAGAGGAUGUGGCUAAGGACACUGAAGUCCAAACCAAAACAAGAGAAACAGAUGAUCUUGAAACAGAAAACUCAGAUGUGACAACAACAGAGAUUUCAGGAGAUGGGAGAUUUUUUGAUGAAUGUCAAGUAGAAGAGGAGAGGCUCUCCAGUGACAUAGGAAAGAAAGAAGAAACGGAGAAACCACUUGUUGAACCUGUCAUUCAAGAGUCAGGACUUUUCUUUGAGGAAGAGGAAGAAAAGUUGUCGGUUGACUCAAUGAAGACGGGGGUCGAACACUCAGAGAAGGAAUUUGAGACGGAAUUCGGCUUAAGAGAUGAGGCUGACAAGACAACAAAAGAGCUGCAAGACGGGACUGAAGAGCUUUUGGUUAAAUUUGAGAUAGAUGAAGGCCUAUGUUAUUCCAAAGAAGCUGAGGCCGCUGCGGGGCAUGAGACCACAGGAGCUGCAGCAACAGAAACGACAUAA